AUGGAUACCUCGAUAAUCGAGAAUUCUGAGAAAUAUAAUGGAAAAACGGGAGCACAGAUUGUAUAUCAGAAGUUAGUUGAAUGUGGUGUAACGUUGGCCUGUGGAAUAAGUGGUGGUAAUAUUUUAGAUUUGAUUGACACUUUCCAUUCUGAUCACCAUCAAAGUUCACCACCUAUAAAUUUCAUUACGAACAGUAACGAAGCUAACGGAGGAUUUGUGUGUGAAGGCUAUGCGAAGGCUUGUGGGAAACCAGCUGUUUGUGUUGUAACUUCCGGUCCAGGUCUGACUAAUCUGAUCACACCUCUACAAGAUGCUUAUUGUGAUGGUGUACCUUUCAUUGCAAUUUCUGGUCAAUCUCGAACCAAUGCCCAACCAGAAGCUUUCCAAUGUGUUGAUGCCAUUGCUUUGACCAAACCAUGCACUAAGUGGAAUCAUAAAAUCGGAUCAGUACGAGAAAUUCCCAUGAUAUUGGAUUAUGCCUUUCAUAUUGCUCAAACUGGUCGACCUGGGCCAGUUCAUAUUGACUUUCCAAAAAAUUUCCAAUCUGAGGUGUAUUCGUCAAAUGACUGCAACGUAAAGCAUAAUAAUUUCGAAGAUUUUGCCAAUGACAAUAUCACCGCCUUACCCCUGUUAGACCACGGACAAUUAAACAAUAUAGUAAAACUAAUUAAUAUGUCAGAGUGUCCCAUAGUUUGUGUGGGCCAGGGUGCAAUUGAGUGUCAACAUGAACUGGUCGACUUUAUAACUAAAACUAACAUUCCUGUCACAACUACCGUUCAUGCGAUGGGGGUAUUUGACGAACGGCAUCCUUUGGCUCUUAAAAUGUUGGGUAUGCAUGGUCACCCUACUCCUAACAUAAUGAUUCAAAAAGCCGAUCUUAUCUUAGCGAUUGGUAGUCGCUUUGAUGAUCGAAUUACUGGAGCACAUGAUAUGUUCGCUCCAGUGGCAAAAGCAGCACAACGUUUUGGAAAUGGAGGGUUGGUGCAUGUUGAUAUUCGACCCGGAGAAAAAAAUAAAAUAGUUAAAGUAAACGAAUUUGUGAAUUCAGACUGCAAAACCUUUCUCCGUGCAAUCAAUAGAAUGGGUCUGAAAUUCAAGGGCCGAGAAAAGUGGUUGAAAUUAAAAUUUGCAUUAGAGAAAGCAUAUCCUAUAAUUGUUCCCUCUUAUUCAAAUGGCCGACUGUCAACACAAAAGCUAAUAGUAGAAUUGGAUAAACAGAUAGAUGGAAUUCGAGAAAAAUGUUUAUUCUCGACUGGUGUGGGAUGCCAUCAGAUGAUUACAGCACAACUUAUAAGAUGGACAGCACCCCGAUCUAUACUAACUUCCGGUUCAUUAGGAACUAUGGGUGUGGCUGUUGGUUAUGCCAUUGGUGCUAAGAUUGCACAUCCAGACAAAAUCGUAAUCGCUAUAGACGGGGAUGGGAGUUUUAACAUGACCAAUACAGAGCUGAAAACAAUCAUGGAUCUUCAACUUCCAGUCAAGAUUAUAGUAGUGAAUAAUAGUUCUGAAAUGAUGGUAGUAUAUUGGCAGAAGUUGCUGUAUAACAGGAGGACUAUAUCUACCGAGUUUGCUAAUUGUGAUUACAAUAAAUUGGCAGAAGCUUACGGUAUUCAUAAUCUUUACUGUGACAAUGAAAGGGAUCUAGCUGGUCAACUCAGAGAACUCAUUCAGUAUAAAGGACCGGUGUUGCUGAACGUGGUUGUUGAAAAGACACCGUGUCUUCCAUUGGUACUCCCAGGUAAAGCCUUAGAUGAUAUGAUUCUAUAUGACAAUGAUUUCCCUGGAUUUGAAGGAAAUUGA